AUGGCGGCUGAGACGCAGAAGCCAAUGCCCAUCGCGGUUGUCGGUCUCGGCUGCAGAUUCCCGGGCGACGUUACAAGCGGUGAGAAAUUCUGGAAUUUGCUGGUAUCCAAGAGGUCGGCUCGCACCGAGACACUACCGAAUCGUUUCAACGUUGAUGCAUUUUACCACCCGGACGCCGACCGGUAUGGAACAGCCAAUGUACGCGGCGGGCACUACCUCGCAGAAGAUGUAUCAUUGUUUGAUGCCCCGUUCUUUUCGAUAUCGCCAGCAGAGGCAAUGGCAAUGGACCCCAUGCAGCGAUUGUUGCUUGAAGUGACAUACGAGGCCCUAGAAAACUCGGGGACACCAUUGUCCAAGGCCUCUGGAACAAAUACAUCCUGCUAUAUUGGCUGCUUCACAAAAGACUAUGAAGAAAUGCAACGACGAGACAUAGAACUUGCGCCCAAGUACCAAUCAACCGGUGCCUCUCAAACCAUGCUGUCCAACAGGUUGAGCUAUUUCUUCAAUCUCAAAGGGCCAAGCAUGAGUCUAGACACAGCUUGCAGCAGCGGUCUAGUUGCCGUACAUCUUGCCUGUCAGAGUUUGCGUAAUGGCGAAAGCACAAUGGCAAUUGCAGGGGGCAGUAACCUAAUUCUUAGCCCUGAUAUCCAGAUUGAAAUGAGCGACAUGCAUUUCCUUGGCCCAGACUCAAUAUCUUACGCUUUCGAUGAGCGGGCAAAUGGCUAUGCGCGAGGAGAAGGUAUGGGUGUGGUCAUAUUGAAGCCACUCCACAAAGCGCUAGAGGACAAUGAUCCAAUCAGAGCUGUGAUUCGUGGAACAGCCGCGAGUUCGGACGGACGUACUGCGGGAAUCACUAUGCCCUCAAAACAAGCACAAACGGAACUAAUAAAGUCUGCAUAUCAAGCUGCACGGUGCAGCGUUGGUGAGACAGGGUUUUUUGAGGCACACGGUACAGGAACAGCUGCGGGCGAUCCAAUCGAGACGGCGACAAUUGGUGAGGUAUUUGCUUCAAGCCGUCCACUCACCACGAAUGGUCAAGCAAUACCACUUUCCAUUGGGUCUGUAAAAACCAACAUCGGUCAUUUGGAGGGCGCCAGCGGGAUUGCUGGGCUCAUCAAAGCUGUGCUGAGUGUCGAGAAAGGCAUCAUACCACCGAAUAUCUGGUAUGAGCGCGGCAAUCCUGCCAUUGACCUCAAGAAUUGGCGACUAGAAGUCCCUACUGAAUCACAAGACUGGCCGUUAGAAGGGGUGCGGCGGGCCAGUGUCAACUCUUUUGGCUAUGGAGGAACAAAUGCUCAUGUCAUACUGGACGAUGCCUUCUACUUCCUACGACAGCAACAAAUCGCAAAUCGCGGCCAUAGUCGAAUCGAUUCUGGAUUCGUCAGUCCUAUCAGUGAAACACGUGGAGAGGAUAGACAGCGAUCACGCAUCUUCCUUCUCUCCGCUCAUGAUGAGCGCGGCUUGAGCGAAAUGGGUAGCAGGUUGUCUGAGCAUCUCCAGGCACAAACGGUCUUUGCCGACAACGAGUUUCUGGAAAAUCUUGCGUACACACUCUCUGAGCGACGGUCUCUGUUCUCAUAUAGGGCAUUUUUCGUUGCAUCAGACCGGGAUGAGUUGCAUCGCAAGAUGCAGAGUCUUAACCAAAUUUCGCACAAUCGCAGCACGCCGCCUCGCGUAAGUUUUGUAUUUACGGGUCAAGGAGCUCAGUGGUGGGCAAUGGGACUUCGCGACCUGGGAUCGGAUUGGUCAUUGUUAGAAGAGCUUCUCAAGGACAAGGCUUCAUCGAGAGUCAAUGAAGCAACUUAUAGCCAGCCAUUGUGUACUGCGCUUCAAGUCGCACUCGUGGACCUAUUACAAUCAUGGAAUAUCACCCCAUGUAGUGUCGUCGGCCACUCCAGCGGAGAGAUUGCUGCCGCUUACGCGGCAGGCGCGUUAAAUGCCCAAUCAGCAAUGACUAUUGCUUUCUUCCGCGGCCUUCUUUCACCGAAGGUCAAAAUUCUCGGGCAUGAUGGUCGCAUGAUGGCAGUCGGACUUUCGGAAGAGGAAGCACUUGAUGAGAUACGUAAAUUGAAUGGGAAAUUUGGAAAAGCUGUGGUGGCUUGCGUUAAUAGUCCGCAAGGUGUCACUGUAUCUGGAGACACUGUCGCAGUGGAAAAGCUGCAGAAGGCUCUAAGCGCAAGGGGUAUCUUUGCGAAGAUCCUCCAAGUGGACACAGCAUAUCACUCACAUCACAUGCAAACUAUUGCUGAAGAAUACCUUAAUCAUCUACGAGAUGCAAAUGUGGCUGCUCUUGUGACGAAUCAUCACGUACAAAUGUACUCUUCUGUCACAGAAGAGGCCAUCGAUUCAAGCCAACUCGGCGCUCAAUAUUGGGUCUCGAAUCUUGUUAGCUGCGUGCGAUUCUCUGGAGCACUACAGAGGCUUUGUCAAUCAAAUUUGGGCACUGAAAUUCUGCUCGAAGUUGGACCUCACUCUUUGUUCAAGCUACCUGUUAAGGAAAUCCUAGAAGGGAUUUUUGGCGAGAAGUCUCCAAUACAAUAUCUCUCCACAUUGAUCCGCAAUCAACCCGCAGAUCACACGGCGCUCGAAGCUGCAGGCCACCUAUUCGCUAAUGGCUUUCCAGUCGACCUGCACGCCAUCAAUUUUCCCACCGAGCCGAAACACUCGCUCUCGGUACUCACGGAUCUGCCGCAAUACCCAUGGAAUCACACAAGAAGCUAUUGGAGCGAAUCACGUCUGAGCAGAGACUAUCGCUUCCGAAAAUUCCCAAGAACUGAUAUCCUAGGUGGACCGGUGCAUGAUUGGAACCCGUUAGAGCCUCGUUGGAGAAAUUUCAUGCGCCUACGAGAGCAACCUUGGCUACGCGACCACGUUGUACAAGGUGACGUUCUAUUCCCAGCUUGCGGUUACCUAUGUAUGGCGAUUGAGGCGUGUCGUCAAAUGUGUGUCAUUGCGCCUUCAACAUUUCUCCCCUCAGGAUCAGAUGCUGUACUUGAGUAUCGACUGCGCGAAGUCAAUAUCUCGAGAGCAUUAGUAGUGCCCGAGGCUGCCGAGGGUAUCGAGACUUCUUUUUCUAUGCGGUGUAAGCCAAGUAGUACAUCAGAUACAUGGCACGAGUUCCGCAUUUUCUCGUAUACAGCAGAGGGCGGCUGGGCGGAGAACUGUAGUGGACUUGUAUCUGUGUCGAGUCAGUCAGGAGUCAACGACUUGCUCUCUGCUGAUUGCCUUGCUGAAUGGAAUGAUGCACGACAAGAGAAGGCUGUGACCGUGGACCCACAGGCCUUCUACAAAGGUGUCGAUGCUCUUGGUCUUACCUAUGGCCCUAUGUUUCAAGGGCUCGAAAAUAUUACCGUUAAUCAAAGUACAACUGACCAAGCCACCGGCAUCAUUCGAGUAACAGAUACACGGAAUGCGAACCCGAAGCAAUUCGAGCACGACCGGCUGCUGCACCCGGCAACUCUCGAUAGUUUCCUGCAGCUGGCACUUGCUGCACUGGGAGGUCCUGAUUUGAAUAUGCUCAAGGGCGCCAUGGUUCCGACAUUUAUAGAAGAGAUCUCGGUAUCUGCAAAUAUAUCAGCGCAGAUAGGAGAUCGACUGAAUGUAAUGGUUCACGCCAGACGACAUGGAGUCCGGGAAGCGAGAGGCAACAUUUUCGCCUUGGAUCCUACCACUUCAACACCUGUCGUUCUACUUGACGGCUUCAAGUUCGUCGCCAUCAACAGUGGUAUCGAGGCCCGCCAGACGAAAUCUGUACCCAAACAUUGCUAUAUUCCAGUUUGGGAACCUGACGUCGAGCUCAUUGACCGCGAGAGUUUGAAUCGCGAGCUUCAGGCUGCCCUCAAGCCGGACGACCGCUCAAAGACUGUCCGAGAAUUGGAAUUACUGUCGUACCAUUUCAUCGAUCGAGCACUACAGGAAGUGACGCAAUCCGAGGUCGAUGGUAUGCUACCGCAUCAUCAGAAGUUUUACAGGAACUUGUGCAAGCUGCGAGACGCGGUAAUCUCUAAGACACAUCCACAGCAGACGGAUGAGUGGCGGGAUCUCCAGAGGCCCGACGUAGCAUCCAAGAUACACGGAAUGGUCGAACAUUACCGAGACCAUGAAUCAGCUUACGACGGAAAGCUGCUGGUUAAGGUUGGCGAGGCCUUGCCAUCUGUCUUCAGACAGGAAGUCGAACCUCUAGCUCUCAUGACGCACGAGAAUCUCCUCGAAGACUAUUACACCACGGCCGUCGGUAUGCCGAACACAUAUGCACAAAUCUCGCGCUACACGAACAUGCUCUCACACAAGUACCCAAAUCUCGAUUGGCUGGAAAUUGGAGCAGGAACCGGUGGUGCAACGGUACCCACACUCAAGGGACUGAGCGGAUGCGAGGGUAUCCACCAAUAUCCACGUCUCAAGUCGUAUACAUAUACGGAUAUCUCAUCGUAUUUCUUCCAGCGCGCUGCGGAGAAGUUUGAGGAUUUUGCGGAAUUCAUGAAGUUUAAGAAAUUGGAUGUGGAACAUGAUCCUGUAACACAGGACUUCACGCCUGCGUCUUAUGAUGUUAUUGUGGCAGCUAAUGUGUUGCAUGCUACUUCAGACAUGCACAAGACGAUGACACAUGCGCGAAAGUUGCUACGACCUGGCGGUAAACUUAUCUUGCUGGAGAUGACGAACCGCCUACUUGCUGCUUCUGUCAUCUUUGGUACACUCCCCGGUUGGUGGAAUGCCUCUGAAGAAUGGAGGACCGAAGGGCCACUCCUCACUGAAGGGCAGUGGGAGGGUGUAUUACGAGCUACUGGCUUCAGUGGUCUCCAGGCCAGCAGUCCUGAUAUUCUGGAUCCACUCGAAGAAGGAACACGAUUGAUGAUUGCGACGGCUGUGGAAUCAAAGCCUACGAUUAGCAAUGGACUCCCCACGCCAACAGAACGACAUCGUAUUGUCAUCAUCUGCGCUGAUUCGCCAAUCAGAAUGAAUAGAUUGGAUAUGCCGCUGGCGUUGAAGUGGAAGCUCGAGACAGUCGGCCUAAACGCACAACUUGUACCACUAAACAAGUUGAACAAGGACCUUGUGACUGACGCAGUGUGCAUAAGCUUCGUCGAACUUGACGAAGCUUUGUUCGUGCACCCCUCACCAAAGGAACUAAUUUUCCUCAAGGUCGUUGCCGAAGCGUCGGCUGGACUCAUCUGGGUAACGCGUGGUGCAGCCUCAGCUCGUGUUGAGCGCCCCGAGCUCGCAGUCUUUCAAGGACUUGCGCGAUCACUGCGAUCCGAGCACGAGAACUUCCCGUGCAUCACCAUUGACCUUGAUAUUAAGAGUCAGCUCCCUGCAGACGGAGUGGCGGAUCUGCUAUCUUUGGUGUACAACAAGCAAUUCGGGCCUGAGAAGGUGUCGCAGCUUGUUGAUAGUGAAUUCGUCGAGCAGGGCGGUGUACUUCGCAUCAAGCGUGCGAUUGAAGAUGACGAGUCGAAUGAGUUCCUACUCGGUCGCACAGAUCAUAUGGCCUUGCCUCCAAAGCUAGAGAGCAUGGUACAAGAGAAUCGGGCAUUCAGACUGAGAAUACCAGAAAGCACAAAGGGGCCUUUCAUCUUCGAAGAUGACUCAACCGAUUCUCUCCCCAUGGGAGCUGACGAAGUCGAGAUCUCAGUUCAAGCCGCAAGUCUGGGCCCGCGUGAUAUCCAAGUUCUAAACGGCGAAAUUCCUAGUCAGACUCUUGGUCAAGAAUGCGCAGGUAUUGUGACAAAAGUCGGAAGCAAUGUGAGCAGUCUUUCCAUCGGCAACCGCGUUGUAGCUUGGAGGGACGGGACUCUCGCUACGAAUAUCCGAACUUCAGGACCCGCUGUGCACAGGAUCCCCGAUACUAUGUCGUUUGAGCACGCGGCUACUCUACCGUUGGCGUAUACUACCGCACAUUACGCCCUGCACCAUGUCGCCCAUCUUGAUGCUGAGGAAACGGUUCUCAUUCACGAAGCUGGGAGCUCGGUGAGCCAGGCCGCAUUGCACCUUGCCACUAGUAUUGGGUCGAAGGUUUUCGUCACCGUUCAAUCCGACGAGGAGAAAGAAUGGGUCUCACGGCGUUUCAACGUUGACGCGAGCCACAUCUUCUCCAGCCAAGACCUCAAGUUUGUCGCCGCACUUCGACGAGCGACGCAGGGCCAUGGUGUGGAUGUAGUGCUCAAUACACUCUCGGGCGAAGGACUCCAAGCGACAUUCAGUUGUGUUGCACCAUUCGGUCGGUUCGUUGACAUUGCUUCCAAUGCGAAUGAAAAGCUGGAAAUGGCGCCGUUUGAGCGGAACGUGUCUUUUACCUCUGUCGAUAUGGGUUCCUUGUGUAUGCAGAAGCCUAGACUGGCUGGAAGGGUUUUCCAGGACGCCAUGUCGUUCGCUACUCAGAACUUGCUCCAAGAGUGUCCGCAAGUAGAAGCAAGACCAUGGUCGCAGCUGGCUGAAGCACUGGAGCUGGUACAAGAUACAAAGUCAAACACAAACAUCAUCAUGAAACCCAUGACUGAUGACAACGUCUUGAUCGCCCAAUCCCCACCAGCACCCCUCACCCUCGAUCCCUCAGCAUCAUACCUCCUCGCCGGUGGUCUCGGUGGGUUAGGCCGCAGCAUCGCCACCUGGCUCACCAAGCACGGUGCCAAAAACCUCAUCUUCAUUUCCCGGUCCGGGGCCUCCUCACCCUCGGCCUCGGCCUUCAUAUCCUCUCUCCACGCAACCGGCAUCCGCACCGCCGUCCUCCAAUGCAACAUCUCCUCGCCCUUUGACCUCUCCGCCGCCCUCUCCUCCACGUUCAAAUCCUUCCCCCCGAUCAAAGGCGUCAUCCAAGCCGCCAUGAUACUAAACGACGCCCUCUUCACCAACAUGACACACGAGCAGUGGCUCUCGACCAUCCAGCCCAAAGUCCACGGCAGCAAAUAUCUCCACGAAGUCACUCUUAGCCAACCCCUCGACUUCUUCCUCCUCCUAUCCAGUCUCCACAGCUUCAUCGGGAACCCAGGCCAAGCAAACUACGCGGCAGGCUGCGCCUACCAAUCCGCACUCGCGCGGUACAGAAACGGACUCGGUCUACCGGCCACAGCGAUCGAUCUAGGCAUUGUCGGCGACGUCGGAUACGUUGUGGAAAAGAAGAAGGAAAGCGGCGCGAAGAUCCAGGUCCAAGACUUCAAACAGAUUACAGAACCGCAGAUGCUGGCGCUCAUGGAAUACGGCAUUCGCAACCCCAAGCUAGGUCACUUGGUCACGGGCUUGGAUUCUGCACUCGCCCCCGCUGAUGUCCUGGCUCAUAUGCCGUUUUUCGCCCGUGAUCCUGUCUUGAGUCACCUCCCGUAUCUCCGACCACAGCUCGUGUCGUCGUCGACGUCGAGCCACGCUGCCUCGUCAAGUACAGACGGCACAGUAACACAUACAUCCCAACCCCUCGGCACGCUCCUCACCACGCUCUCCUCUGCCGCCGAAAAACAAGCCCUCGUGCUCCCCGCACUACUCACCAAGCUCUCGCGCAGCCUAAUGAUGCCAGUGGAAGACCUCGACGCAUCGCGCAGUCUGGCCGCGUAUGGCACGGAUUCGCUAGUUGCGGUGGAGAUUAAGAAUUGGAUUGCGAGGGAGACAGGUGUGGGUGUUAGUGUGUUUGAGAUUAUGCAGGCGGGGAGUAUAGAGGGGUUGGUUGGGGGGGUUGUGGCGAGGGUGGAGUGA